CCCAUGCCACAUGGGAGCCAAUGGCGGGAGAUUGAACCCCUCGGGCGGUCAGAGGCUUUUGUCAGAGGCUCCAGUUCAAAACCGGAUGCCAUUAUCCAGCCAACCAGAUUCAGCACAUGGACGCCAGUGAUCCAUAAAGCAGCCAAUCAGCAGCUCUUUGAUGAGAGAGUGGCUCUGGUAAGUCAUUGGUUUGACCUGUGGACCGACAAACAGAGGAAACGGUUUAUACAGAGUCUCCUAAUGCGCUGCAGUAAAUCGCUGCUCAGAUUCAUCCAGAAAUGGUUUGCCGAGACUAUCCCAGUGACCAGCCUUGAUUUCACCACCGUCCUGCCACGGUUCCUAUCGCUUUACAUCUUCUCAUUCCUGAAUCCCAGAGAGUUGUGCUCCAUCUCCCAAGUUAACUGGCACUGGAGGUUUCUGUCAGAGCAGGAUUGCCUCUGGAUGCCCAAAUGUGUGAAACGAGGCUGGUUCCUGCCGUACACACCCCCUGACCAUGAAUAUGGGGCAUGGAAACGCCAUUAUGUGGCGUGUGCCUGCAGCCUGGACUACCUCACCCCAACAGAAACCGCUGAGAUGUACGGAAUCCUGGAAGAGCCCAAGAAGAAGCUGGAGGGCAGUGAGGACAAGUGGAACGAAAGGCUUCUGAGGAGGUUAAUCCAGGACAGACUGGCUGGGCAGAAGAAGGAAUUAUUGAGGUCCCGACCCCCUUGGUUGAGUGGAAAAUGGAAUUCUCACCAUCGGGAUAGAAGAUCCCAGGCAGUGUUGGGGCGCCCUCACCUCAGCUCCACAUUAUUGCAGCUGACAGUAACACCGAGGAGUUUUAAAGAGGGAAUACACAGUUCAUACAGGGAUAAAACCCUCCAGAUUAAUGUGACUCUUUCCCAACUCCUGAGGGAGGAGAUCCGAUCGCCAGGUUUGUGGAGUCCGGAAGUGGAGAAAAGGCAGGUGCUGGGAUCGCUCCGAAUGCUGAGUAACAGGAAAAGCCUGGCUGGAGGAGGGAGCUACCCUGUACUGCCUCACACCGAAUCUGCACGACCAGCAGGGAACAGCUCUGACCAACCACGGGUCAUCCUCAUAUCAUCCAGGAUUCCAGCCUGGGAGAUGGUUGUGGACUGUGUGAAGAUUGGCGUGCUACCCCUGUUAUAUGAGUACUCUGGGACGACGCCAGACAGCCUCCUGUACCGUCUGGAAAAAGUGCUGAGGGGUCGGAGAGCCAGAAGCAUUGGGAUUGUCGCUGAGGGGGACUCGACGGAGAUGGACUUGGUACAAGGCUGCAAAAUCAGCUCAAAGAAUCUUCCAGAGGCUGAGGUGAGGGGAUUCUGGGAAAAUAUGAGUGGCUGCGUCUUGUCGCAGGAAGAGGGAGGACGUAUCGAUAUCUUUGUGCCAUUGGCUGCCUCAGAAGCAGGAAUGGAGCUCCUUUGCCAGCUCUCAGCACUGACUGCUGUAUGUCACAGCUCACCGACUGGGAUCGCCACAGGAUCGUAUCAGCACAUUUUCAGUGAGUGGCUGCGGAAUGAUGGGGAUACAGCUCCCCCAGCCACGUACUUCAAUGAGAGGAAGCUGCAGGAAUGGAGCAGGACAGCCCAGUUACAGGAGGAGGUCCUGAGAACAGUCCGCAAACAGAUGAGGCCGUAUUUCAGACAACUGCAGCGAGACACCUGUGCACGGAUGAUCGGGCAGCUCAUGUUUGACUCGAUGAGUACAACUCAGAUGCUUCAGAACCAGGAACUUGCUCAAACCUUAACUGAAGGGCUGAUCGCAAUGAUAAGAGAAAAGCAGGAGAACCCCCUGGGAUUUCUCGCUGACUUUCUUAAAAGCCAAGCAGGGAAAAGCAAGUGGUUUAAAGUUGAAGAAACAUUCUUGACGCAAGGUGGAGGUGGGAUUGAUCCGGUGAAGGAAGGGGAAGUGGAUGAAGCUGGGAGUCUGAGUCCUCACUCUCAGCCACUUCAGGAGCAUGAGGAGACCAUGCAGGAGCUGAUCCACCCGAACAGAAGUCCACGUGGCAAGUUUGUGGAGAAACGGACCCAGUUUGCCAGGGAGACCUUGUCAAGCGAGCAAAAUUACGUGCAGACUCUGGAGAUUGUGAAAGACAUUUACUGGGUUCGGCUCAGAGCAGCACUGGCUUCCAACCGUGCAGUCUUGAGCAUGGCCAAUAUCCAUAUCAUCUUUUCUGAUAUCCUCUUGAUCCUGGAACUCAACAGAAGUUUACUGAGGGACUUGAGAGAGCGUCUCAGCGAGUGGGGUCCGUCGCAGUGUCUGGGAGAUGUCUUUGUGAAGUUCAGCACCAGACUGACAAACUAUACCAACUUCUUCAACAACUACAGUACCAUUCUGAAGACUAUUGACAAGUGUCGAAACACUAGUCCAGGUUUCCGUGUUUUCCUAACCAGACACGACCGAUCGGCAGUGACAAAAAUGUUGAGUCUUCAGGAAAUGCUGCUGAGCCUCAGCAGCCGCUUCGAUGAGUACGUGAUACUGCUGAGCGCUCUGAGGCUACACACUCCCAUCCAACAUGUGGACCGCCAUGACCUCGCUGCAGCCAUUGCCAACCUCAAGCGCUUUCGGGAUUACAUCCAGCAGCUGAAAGUGCGGCAUCAGAGGGAUCAAGAGAUAGUGGAAGCCCAGAGCAGCAUUGCCGGCUCUCCGAUCUUGUUGGAGGCAAAUAGGUACCUGAUUCAGGUUCAGGAAGUGGCUCAUAUGAGUUGCCUUGAUGGAAAGAUUUGUCCUUCCUUCAGGAUUUAUGAGCACAUCAACGAUAUGAAUCUGUUCCUCUUUAACGACGCCCUUGUUUUCACCUCAAGAACAGUUGCUCACCUGCCCUUUGAACGAACUGCAAAGAUGUCUCUCCAGUUCCUAGCGGCUGUGGCUCUCUCCAGUCUGCUCAUCAAAGACAUCCCAGACUCCAAAUAUAUCCAAAAUGCAUUUGCUCUGCAAGGACCAAAACGCCAAUGGAUUUGUGCUACAGAGACAGAGGAAGACAAAAUGACCUGGCUCUCCUUACUAGCAAGUGCCAUCCGUGCUGCAAUUAGAGAGACCUAACCUCAAUGCAAACUAUCAGUCGCUGAAA